ACAUUGGUUGUUUUGUCAUUAGGCUGAUUGCAUUGAUUCCCAUGUAAUUCAUCCAAGUUUGACUGUUUUUUUUCUACUGCAUGUAGACUUAAAUUUAGGGGGAAAAUCCCAACGUGUAAUUUUCAUUGCGAAUGAAUGUAAUUUUCAUCGUUUUCAGUGCAGUUGUGAUUUUUUUUCUGUGGACAAUAGAAAAGGCCAACGUUUUUCGUCAAUUCAUCUGUGUGAAAAAAGGAGAAGAAAAAGAACAAAAAAGACUCAGUUACAUCAUCAAAGAAACCUCUGAAUAAUGAGGUGUGUAUCUUGAAUGCCAUUGAAACGCAUCUUGUUAUUACUCUGGACAGCAUAAGAUGAAAAUGGCAUCCAAAAAUCCAAAAAUUACAGGGCAUACUGACAGUCUAGAAAUCUACUCUAAUGGACUUGUUCUGGCAUUCCUCUCGGGCUUUGCAGUGUCAAUCUCAUCACUCAUGACAAAGCUAGCAAGAGACUCUACAUUUCUACAAAUAACUUUUCUACGCACGAGUCUGAUUUGUUGCUCCACCCUAAUGAUGGGAAUACUGAGCGGUAAUUGGUCAAAGUUUCGUGACGCAAUACUUGAAUCACCAAUAGGAACAAUCGGAUGGCUCCUUGUUCGAUCUUUUUCAUCUUUCAUGGCGAUGACAACGGCCUAUUCAGUUUAUCAGCGGAUACCUAUGGGUGACGCCUCAGCUAUCUUCGGAGUCACCCCGGUAUUCACUGGUAUAAUGGGCGUGGUCUUGCUAGGAGAGGCGUGGCAACAGAAACACGUGUACCUCACCUUCCUCGCGUGGACUGGUGUGGCUCUCAUCUACAAGCCGACCUUCCUUUCCCGCGUCAUCCCAUCCCACUACAGGGAUAAUUUGAAAAUAGGAGUUCACUCCGAUGAAAAGUUUUACCUGGGCGUGGCUAUUCUUGUACCACUUGCUGCUUCGCUCUCGUUUGUUUUGUCGAGGAAACUCUCCAAGACAAUACCCCCAACGUCGAUUGUCUGCAUCACGAGUUUUGGGAUUAUGGUGUACUCUUGCGUUGCCAUGGCAAUCAUUGAAACAGUGCGACUCCCUCCUUUAGCUGACUGGAAAUAUUUGAUUCCAGAAGUCAUUGCUGGACUGACAUCACAAACACUGUUUGGCAAGGCUCUACAACUUGAGCGUGCAGCUCCCGUUACACUAAUGAGAAACUCAUCUAUCUUCUUCUCUUUCGUCUUUCAAUUUAUCCUUUUCGGCACAAUACCGAGCUGGGUCAGUGUCCUGGGGGCUUCCUUGGUCAUCGUCUCAACGGCCAUACUCGGAACAUUAAGAUAGACUGAUUUAUGUAUUUUAAUUUUAACAGGGUGACCAUUUCAUUUAAGAAAACUCCUUGAUUAAGGUGCCGUAUGUAAACAACAAUCAAAUAUAAUCAACAUCGAUACGUAAAUUACAUUUACCAAUUAUCAUACGCGUAGUAUGAUACUGAAACUAUAGAGUGAGAAAAAAAGAAAAUGUGUUUUAAUGACUCAAGUGAAUUUAAGCAAAGAAAAGGGGAUAAUGCAUCCAAAUACAGUAGCCUUUAUAGCAGAACCACUCUUAUAAAGUAUUUGGUUUGGAUUUUAUUUUCAAUAAAGAGAUGACAGGUUUCUAUAUCUAGCAUGAAAGUCUGAUGGCUAACAAUAUCCUGAAAUUUAGGAUGUAAAAACCGCCGAACAAUAAAACAUCGAAUACUCGGAACCAUAAGUGUUUUGUUUUUAGGAGCCGAUCCGCCAGGAUUUUCCAAGGGGGGCACAUUUUCCGAGAUUUUUUUUGGGUUAACCAAAUAUUAAGGAAAUUUCGUCCACAAAAAAGUUUGACAAGCAAAAAAAAAGGUCUUCACUUUCAAGGGGGGGGCAGUGGCGUACCUAGGAUUUUCCACAGGGGGGGCAAAAUCGGCCGCCAAAAAAUUUGACAAG